AUUGCAAGCACUGAGCUAGUUCAUGCUAAAAGUGCAGCAUUAGAGAUGACGAUGAGGUUUCUGUUAGCAGCUCUGUUUACGGGAUGGUUGUGCGUCGAUGCGGUUGUAGCCAUGGGAGUCAUUGGAAGAGCUACAUCUUAUAACCCUCCUUACAUCCCUACAAAAUGCCCGGGAUACAGCAGCGAACAGUUUCCAGAGAAUGGUUUAAUUGCCGCGGUAAGCCAAGCGCUGUGGGACAAUGGAGCGGCAUGUGGUAGGAAGUACCAAAUCCAGUGCUUGAGCGGCCCCGGGUACUCGUGCAAAAACGACGCUACAGAAGUAGAGAUUGUCGAUUUGUGUGAUCCAUGCCCGGCAAUGAUGGCCUUAUCUAACAUAGCAUUUGAGAAAAUUUCGAGGACCCCCAACGCCACAGUCGGCAUCAAUUUUGCUCAGUAAUUUCUAUCUCAUACAUCAUAAUUAUAUUCAUUCCUUCUCAUGAAAGGCAUGUAGGAUAUACAUGCAGUCUUAUACUGAAUCUUACUGAUCUUGAUCGCCUCUCCAAUGGGCAUGCAGGAU